CACAAUGUAGACACUAACGCUAACGCUACCGAAGAUAAUAGUCAAAUACAACUUCCUAAUGUCCAGCUUUUCUCAAACAUCGGCUACAUUUCAGGAGGAAUUCUCAAACGAAAUAACCACACCAGUUAAAGGUUAUUUGGUCGAAUAUGAGGGUUUAAUAGAUCAAUUUUUUAAUGCGAUUGCAUCAUAUUCGGAAGGAAUAAAACAAAUAAAUCAAACACCGAUAGAAAUAAUGAAAAAGAUUGUAGCUUUAGAUAAAAAAUUACAGAAAGGACUUGAUUUAAUCGAAGAACAUCAAAAAGUUCAUCGUAAACUUUUACAAAUGGAAAAUGAAAUUGACAUAGAAAAUCAAGCAUUGAUGGAUUUUGCGUUGGCACUGAAAACGGGAAAAGAACAACUCGAUAUAUGUUUAGAGGAAGCACGCAUAACAAAGCAAGCCAUUCGAACGGCAGAAGAAUCUCGAGUGAGUGCCGAAGAAAUAUUGGAUUAUGCUAAUAGACUAAGCCAAUAUACAUCAGCUCCACCCCAUUACAAUCCUGCAAUACCUUCUUCGAUGAUAGCCUAUCCACCUUACCCUGAUGAACCACGUAUGCGAAUGGGAUUAUUAUUUCGGCAGCACGCAGACGAAAGUUUUGAAGAUGAAGAUCAAUCUCUCGAGGAAGAGGACGAAGAAGAUGAUGAAGAUGAAGAACCUGAUCGUGUAAUGAUAGAUGAAACACACGCAAGAUCAAAUUCUUUUGGCCCCGUGGAAAUUGUGCAGCAAACCAAUCAAACAGAUGCUCUCAAUUUGGAUUUGAAUCCUGAUCUGGAAUAUUAAAAAACUCGAUUCUUAAAAUUAAUUCUCAUUAUUACGAGAUGAAUUAAUCGACCGCAGUGAAUUCAUGAGUUGAUCCUUCGUAAAUGAUUGAUAAUUUAACGUAUUUUCUAAAAUAAAUUUCCUAAUUUGGAAAUUAAACGACAAGUAGCAAUAUUGUAAUUUAUUGUUCACGUUACACACAUAUUCAUUGCAUUAGCUGCAUUAAGAUAAUAUGAAGUAGGAAGCAGUGGAGCAAAUGUAUCGUUCUUGACCUGUGCGACGGGUCUGACUGGACCGCAUAAUAUAUUUUACAAUAGGGGGGGUGGGUUCAAGGUUAUGCCAUCAGGAAGCAGUGGAAGUAGAUAAGUCGCGACGAAAUUUCAAUGUUUUGAUCCAAAAUAAACAUUUUUUAUCACGUAAAUAUUCCACGCGACCAUAAGUUCUCAAACUCAUCUAUUUUUAGGAAAA